AAGCUAAUUCAUCAGCAGGCUGUGUGUCGUAGAUCGUUGCAUGACAUCUUAUCAGUGGUGAAAUAGUCCUGGCCCGCGUAGAAAACCCCGUUACAAUUUUCUCGUAUUUGUCUGGGAUGUAUGGAUGGAUAGUUGACGGAAUCUCGUCGCUGUUUGAGCACGUUACGGGGCAAAACCCAAACGAGUGGCCCGGGAAAGGUAACGUUAGCGAAGAGGUACCCACGCGACCUGGCGUGAAGGCGGGUGCACAGCGGCUGGAGAACCACGGCAGACCAGCCAAACGGAACUACCAGAGUGUUGAUGUUGCAGACAGUGUUUGCCAGAGUGACCAGGUAGAGGUGAAGAGACGGAAGCGAGAUGUAGUCAUUAGCUGUGUAAAGAAGACUGUGGCUGGGGUAGCUGGUCUGCUCAGGCUGCGAAACCCGCUGACGACCAGGUGUGAGAAGCCCAGACACUAUGAAGAGACACAGCCGGUUACUUUGAUGGGAAUAGAUGAGCUUCACACCUCAUGGCUGAACAGCACUGAGUGGAAAAUGAGUAAACCAGUGGGUGGAAUGAAUGAGAGGAGUGGGAAGAAUCCCUUUCAGAGCUCCUCGCCUCCUUUAAUGAGGAAAUAUAGUGGGGUAGGCCUGUCUGCAGGGGUCCCAGACAGGGGGAAGGACAGGGAGAGGAGAGGCUCUCUCCAGCUGCUGCCCUCCAGACCUGCUUUAAGGGUGGGAGCCGCCAACCCUGAUCCAACAUGCAAUGGCUUCGGACACAACCGCUGCUACAAGCCCAGUCUUACCGUGGAAGAGGCCAUAAAGCAGAAUAAUAAGGAGCACUACAGGCGCUUGCUGGAGAUGGUGACGGAGAAAUACAGCAAAAGCCAACCACUACCUUUCAACCAAACAAAACCACAACAUGCGUUGUUGUCACAGGCUGAUCCCAAAACUGCUGCUUCAGGGAAAGUCUUUGAAUCAGUGAAGACGGGAUACACAGCUGCCCCAGGUGUGUUUACAUGGAGAAAUGCCUCUGCAACCAAGGACAGGCGGUGUAGCUUGACCUUUGGUAAGACAUUCAGUGGAGCCUUUGAGGACACGCAGCCCGUGAGAUGUGUGAAGCAGAAACAGGCAGCAGAGUUGGACCUUUCUACAGAAGUAGCUACUCGCCUCAACCUAGUAGACAGAGAGACUCCUGCUGUUGGUCUCCCUGAGGCACAUUCUGCACACACAGCACAUUCAAGACAUAGCGAUGAGGACAUACCUUGGCUGACCAAGGAAAUGGCAGCGGAGGUGAGUUGUGCUCUGGCUCAAAGUGAUCCCAACCUUGUUCUGAGUGCAGCUUUCAAACUACGCAUCACACAGAGAGACCUGGCCACACUGCAGGAAGGCGGCUGGCUCAACGAUGAGGUGAUUAACUUCUACCUUUCCCUGGUCAUGGAGCGAUGCUCUGGUGAAGCAGCAGCAUUAAAAGUCUACUCGUUCAGCACCUUCUUCUUCCCCAAGCUGCGGGGUGGAGGAGGCGGACAGGUGGGAGGACACACCGCAGUGAAGCGCUGGACCAAGGCUGUCGACCUUUUCCUGUACGACCUCAUUCUGGUCCCUCUGCACCUGGGCGUCCACUGGGCAAUGGCUGUGAUUGAUUUUAAGUCAAAGACAGUGAAGUCAUAUGACUCGAUGGGCCAGAGACACGAUGACAUCUGUAGUCUUUUACUACUCUACCUUAAAGAGGAGCACAAAGCAAAGAAAGGCAGAGAGCUCGACAGCACCAAAUGGACUGUUGGAAGUUUGAGGGUCGCUGAGAUUCCCCAGCAGAAAAAUGGCAGUGAUUGUGGGGUUUUUGCCUGUAAAUAUGCUGACUAUAUCGCAAAAGGAAGGCCUCUCACCUUUAAACAGUGCCACAUGCCUCUCUUCAGGAAGGUAAUGAUUUGGGAAAUCCUCCACCAGAAGCUGCUAUAGAGGAUUACCAUAAUCUCUAUUAACGGCCUAACGACAGAGACUUUCUCAGUUGGAGCGACACUUGUGUACAGUAGCUACAUGGAGAAGAAAAGUAAAGAAUGGGCCAAAGAAGUGGACUUUACUGACUGAAAUCUAACCCAGUCUAGCUCGGUCUGGAGCAAUCAAACACUAGUCUUAAGAAGUGAUUAUGUCCCUUUCCUUGUUAGGGACGUAUUAACAUUUUGUAAUCUCUGAGUUGUAAUUGGAGACGUUAUCGGGAUGUAAGAAGUGUAUGUUUUACACCAGCUUUGGCACUACUGACUGAAUGGCUUUUUUUUUUUUUUAAUUGACUUUGGAUUGUUAGUUCUGCCUGAAGUGCCUUCAGCCCUCUGACACUCAGCUCAACUGAGAGCAUGCUUUUGUAUAUUUUGGGAAAGUACUCAGUCACAUACAUCUCAAAAUAAUUUCUUCAGUAAAUUAGAUUCAUGUCUGUGAUAUUUUGGUCUAAUUUGGCUGUUCCCUUCCCAGUUUUGAUCAACAAGAGAGGACAGUAACUAACUACAGAGCUGUUCAGUCAUGACACUCAAUCUCGCUAUAUAGAAAACGAUAAUCAAAAUACCUCUUUCCCAGUCCCUUCUUCAGAACGAAAAUGCAUGGUUGAGCACUUGUAUGUUUGUGUUGCUAUUAUUUAUGACUUGACUGAAUGAGAAAGUGAUUUUGGAGUGUGUGUAUAGUUUGCUUUCCUCCAUGAGUAGAGCAUUAUUAGUUGUUUCCCCACAUGUAACAUACGGCACUGUUAUUUCUGUGAAUCUCUUCCAUGAGCAUACUGCAAGAGGCUACUUAGGGCUAUUACAUUGACUUACAGUAUAGUAUACUGCAUAGCAAACUACUGUACACACAUGCAUGUUUGAGUUUGUGCUUUGAAAUUUAGAUUUUUUUUUCCUCCCCUGAAAUAAAGUAUUUCAUUU